AUGUACACAUUGCAGGGUAAAGACGUAUUCGAGGCCUUCUAUAAGAAAGACCUGGCGCGGCGGUUGCUGGUACAACGCAGUGCUUCGGUUGACGCUGAACGGUCCAUGUUGACAAAGCUCAAGCAGGAGUGUGGCCCACGGUUCACCCAGAAUCUGGAGGGCAUGUUCAAGGACAUCGAUGUGUCCAAGGAUAUCAUGCAGGCGUACAACGAG